AUGUCGAUGAAUUCAACGUUGACAAACGAAUCAGGAUAUUUUACAUCACCUAAUACUACAAAUUUCAGUGGAAUAUCAGGUAACGAGAAUAUUUUGGGAUACUGUUUGAAACUAGUCAAUAGAGUAAUAUGAAUUUGUUUUAGACGUGUCCCAGGAUGAUAAAGAAAUGGAGAAAGGAGAACACGUGAUCUCUGGAAGGUUGGGCCUCCUCAACGAGAACAAACAGUACAUUGUGAAGAUGGACGAAUUGAAGAGAAGACUGCAAACACCUGAGAAUUUGAAUAUUAGCUACAUAAAUGCAAUUCUAAGAAGGUAAAGUGCUAAAAAAGUAGUAUAGGUUGAAAAGAAGUUUUCUUUAGUGACAUCACAUUACAUGAUUAUUUUCAGAGCCAAGGGUCGUCCUCAUGCUAAUCGGCUUCGUAACAUUUUUAAAAGACAUGGGGUUACGGUCCCCCCAAACAAACGAACUGAGAGUAAAGCAACGUGCUUCACAGCAUUGUGCGAAGAAGAGUCCCUGACAAUAGUGAAGGAUGUGGGCCGAGUUCUCAAUGAGCACUUCCCCAAGGAUGCGUUCGAAAAAGAAUUAACACGUAGAAUACAAGUGAAUUCAGAUCAGUUGAUGCGGGGAAUCCACUCAUUCAAUAAUGAUAUUCAAAGAAGACAGAUCACAACCGGAUCUCUUCAAAAUAUGCUCAGAGCCGUUGGACAGACAGUAUUAGAAGUCCUGGAAACCGAUAAGACGUUUGAAUAUCAGAGUAAUGGUCAGACUCCCAAGAAUUUGGACCCUCUCCAGAAAGGCUUAUGGGAUCUCAAUUUGGCAAGUUUAUUACAUCAUCAGGCUUACCAAAUGCCUUCAAUCUUUAAAUAAGCAUCUUUAUUUAGGUUACCCACAACUUUGGUGUACGCGCUAUGAUGUCAGCAGUGGCGACAACGACGGGAUUAACCGAGUACAACUUGCCCGCCGUUCACAAACCAUCAACAGAUUCGCAUAUCAAUUCUUAUAUGACACAAAACAAACUGUGA